GGCCAAAACAGAGAGCGGCCAAAACGGAAGCAAAAAAAGUCUCAUCAUUCUUUUCUUUUUUACUUCCAAUCUCCUCCCUUUGCUCAUUGCCAUAACCACACAACAGAGAAAAGUUUCUCUUUCUGUAAUUGCAAACUCUGUCUCUCAAUGAGCUGAUUAGUACAUUUUUGUCUCACCUUCUGAUCCAUAUAAUAUCUAACAGAUCAUGCACUCUUGCGUUUGCUUACGUUAAUUUGGUGGAGUUUCAUUAAUAAUAACAUUUUUAUAUUUUGAUCAUCAUUUUCUGUAAAGUGUUAAUUCUUAUUAAGGAGAACUUUUGGCUGUUCAUCAUCAUCAUUUGAUCCAAUGGCUGCCAUCACUGAGAAUCCCACUGAUGUUGUUGUCAAAGAUGUUCAUGAGAUAUGUAUCAAGAAAGAUGCUGAAAAGAUCAUCGAUGACAAAACUGAGAAGAGCACGGGCUUGGAACCCGAGACCGAGUCCGAGCUCAAACCUGAAUCCGAGUUAGAUAUGCAAAAGCUGGUGGCUAUGUUCAAGAAACUGAAUCCUUUGGCUAAGGAGUUUUUUCCCUCUUACUACAGUCCCAAGAAGAAUGGUGAAACUACAGAAGGUAAUCAAUUGCUGUCCGUUGAUGACGAUUUACCAACGGCUAAGAAGCAAUCUGGUGAAGAAUUUGAUUCUGAUGGAAAGAAGGAUGACAAUAACCGGAAGAAAAGAAACAAUUAUAGCCAAGGGAGGAAGAGGUUGACUGGAAGAAUUUCAAAAGCUCAGAGAGAGGAUAGUAUUAGAAGAACAGUGUAUGUUUCUGACAUUGACCAGAGUGUGACUGAGGAGGGUCUUGCUGCUUUGUUUAGUAACUGUGGACAAGUUGUUGACUGUCGAAUUUGUGGGGAUCCACAUUCAGUUCUUCGAUUUGCGUUUGUUGAGUUUGCUGAUGACCAGGGCGCACAUGAAGCUUUAAGCCUGGGUGGAACGAUGCUCGGGUACUACCCUGUGAGGGUCUUACCCUCAAAAACUGCUAUUCUUCCAGUGAAUCCCACAUUUCUUCCUAGGUCUGAAGAUGAAAGGGAGAUGUGUUCAAGGACAAUUUAUUGCACAAACAUUGACAAAAAGGUUUCUCAAGCUGACAUGAGAAACUUCUUUGAGUCAGCAUGUGGUGAGGUAACUCGUCUAAGGCUUCUUGGGGAUCAACUGCAUUCAACUCGCAUUGCUUUUGUUGAGUUUGCUCUGGCGGAUAGUGCAACUAGGGCGCUCAAUUGCAGCGGGAUGGUUGUUGGAUCCCAACCCAUAAGGGUAAGUCCAUCAAAGACACCAGUAAGGCCACGAAUCACUCGACCACCAUCCACAAGUUAGAGCGACACCAGAAGAGAGAUGAUUGCAAACAUUUUGUUUCCUCUUUAUUUCUUUCGUUAUCUUUUAAGUUUUAGAACACUUAUCUCCAGUUAUGUUAGUAGCUGGAAACACUAUGUUCCUGCUUCCGAAUUUGGAGUGUUCUUGUUAGGUUCUGAGAUACUUCUCUCUAUUUCAUCAUCAUUGUCUUAAAAAGGAUUUUUCUUUGGAGCA